AUGCUUGGUUUGGCAGUUCUCUGCUAUGCCACUACUGCAAUGGCAAAGAACACUCGAUUCCUCAACUUCUUCCCAGUCUACCGAAACGACUUCAUUCAAAUCCGCGACGGUCCAUGUGCUGCAGAAUUCGCCCUGAAACAAGCCGGUGCAGAAGUCUGUCGGAGUCUCCUCAGUUGCAUGCUAGAAAACACAAGCGAAGUCAUCAAAGGAGACAUGGGAAGUGGAAUCGUCGUAUUAGGCCUGGGACCAACAAUUCUUACAUUCCUCGGUUCAGGCACAGCAGAAACCAGUCUUCUGGCAAGACGCCGACCAUUACUCGCACUCCUCAUUGCAACAGGCUCUCCAUCAGUCAGCCCUCUCCCAACUUUCGUUUACCCAAACCCGAUAGAAGAACUGGAAGCAAGAGACAACCACCUUGCUAUAAUGCAGUUCUCGCCUAUACAAGCAAUUUUCGUGUCGAUUCUGGAAUAUGCUCUUGUAAUGGGAGCUAUCGUGAACGUGUAUAUGACAGCUUUCUACAUGGGAUCUUGGAGCAUUAACACGAUUAGCUGUGACGAUCUUUAUUAUCCUCUGCUUUGGGCUGUGACUACGCUUUUCAUUCACAUCUUCGCCUCAUGGUGUCUAGCACUGCGAGUAGUUACGCCAGAGAACAAUGAAGGCAGCCGAAAUCAGAUGAAAGAAAGGUUAUUUCAAAGAAUCAGGCAUGAAAUCACACCCUGUAUCACACACAAUAAACUGGAAUUGAUUUGGAAACCGGAGAGCUAUUUAUUCGUCGCGAUAUCUUGGUGGACUUCUUUGCUUACAGUAGUGCAUCUGUUAUACGGGACGGUUGCAUUCAGUUCCAUCCAAUUUAUAGGAUAUGUCGACAGUAUCCAGAUUCUUGCCAGGUUUAUGGGCUCCGCUGUGGUUUGCCGCGCGGUUUUGAUGUUUGAGCUUGCUGGCAUGCGAAACGCCCUGAAAUACGAGAGCCCGCAAGAGGAGUACUCUCUAGUGCGAGUGUCUCAGACUAUGUUGCCUUCAGAUCAUGAGAUCUGA